UCUUGGGUCAAAGUUGACAUGACGCGGAAGUUGCUUAGCCCGUGUUCAUUUGCUACUGCGGGUCGUUUGUUGCCCUCAAAAUCAUUUCAUUGUAUUUUACCUCGAGGUUACCAGAUGUGCCCCAGUUUGAAUUUGUCGUCAUAAGAGAAGUUUUCAGAGCUCCGUACGUAUUACACGGACGGGUUUCAAGGUUUUCAUGCUGGCUGCCACAAUGACCACCAUCGUCCAUGACACCACCGAGGCGGUGUGCCUCUCGGCUGAGCACAACAUGUACUUGAAGCCCAUUGCUAAAAUGACCAUCAGCGUCACGCUUCCUCAGCUCAAGCUGCCGGGAAAGAGCAUCUCCAACUGGGAGGUAAUGGAGAGAGUUAAGGCGAUGGUGGUGCCCGACCAGUUUUCAACCCUGCGGGUCUCUAAAAGCACCAUGGACUUCAUUCGUUUUGAGGGAGAAGUGGAGAACAAAACUGUUGUUAAGAGUCUAUUGAGCCGCCUGGAUGGGAAGAGCAUCAAACUUAGUGGAUUUACUGAUGUUUUGAAGGUUCGUGCCGUGGAAAACAAAGUGGACUUCCCAACAAGGCAUGACUGGGACUCGUUCUUUCGUGACGCCAAAGACAUGAAUGAGACUCUACCGGGUGAGCGACCCGACACGAUUCAUCUGGAAGGGCUUCCCUGCCGCUGGUUCAGCCAGAAACAAAGCGGGUUGCCAGAUCGGCCAUGUGAGGAGGUUCUCAUUGCUGUCUUUGAGGCCUUUGGCAAGGUGCGAAACGUGGACAUCCCAAUGCUGGACCCGUACAGGGAGGAGAUGCUGGACAAGAACUUUAAUACUUUUAGUUUCGGGGGCCAUCUGAACUUUGAAGCUUACGUGCAGUAUCACGAGUAUGACGGCUUCACCAAGGCCAUGGAUACGCUACGCGGCAUGAAGCUGAUGCUGAAAGGAGAUGAUGGCAAGGCAGUGGCCUGCAACAUCAAGGUGACAUUUGACACCACCAAGCAUCUCGGCGAGUCAGCUGUGAAGAAGCGAAAUCUGGAGAGGCUGAAGCUGCAAGAGUUAGAAAAGCAGCGAGAGGAGCAGAAGCGGCGGGAGAAAGAAGAAGAAGAGCGACGUAAAGAGCUGGAGCGGAAACAGAAGGAGCAGGAAGAAGAGGAGCGGGAGCGCAAGAAGGAGGAGAAGCAACGCAAGCGUGAGCAGAAGCUGCAGGAGAGAGAGGAAAGGAGGAACAUCAAGAAGGUGAGGAAGCAGCAGGAGGAGGAGCAAAAGAAGCUUCAGAUGAAGAUCGCCAUGGAGGAAAGGAGGCUUCUCCUGGCUCAGCGCAAUCUGGAAUCCAUCCGACUCAUCGCUGAGCUGCUGGCCAGAGCCAAGGCGGCCAAGCAGAGGCAGUUGGAUAAAGAGCGCGCCGAACGUGAGGAGCAGGAAAAGCGGGAGAAGGCUCAACAGGAGGAGGAGCGGAUCCGUCGCCAGGAGCAGGAAGCCUGCCGGCGCAAGCAGCAGGAGGAGCUCCUCAAGGUGGAGCUGGAGAAAGAACGGGCCUUGGACCUCCAACGGCGGGAGAAGGAGCUGAGGGAGAAGUUGCUCUCUAACAUGUUCAAGAAGAGCAGCGAGCCCACAAGACCUCCUGACGCGCAGGAGCAGGGUAGCGCCGCAAGGAGCGAGGAGGCCCCGCAUCCUGGCAAGGAGAACGUGUCCCUGCAAAUCCCGGGUCAGGUGAACGGAGUAAAGGCAGAAGAGCGUAAAGACAAACAAGUAUCCAAACCUGCGGAAAUGUCAGAAAAAAGUAGAGGGACAAAGGAGAGGAAGGCGGCUGAGGAUGUGAAGAAGACGAAGCAGGAGAAGAAGAAAGAGGAGGUGAGGAGCAGGUACAGCAAGGACCGUGAGCGCAGCUCCAGGAAGCGGCACUCCAGCAGGAGGAGGAGCCGGAGCGGCAGCCACCGUAGGACCUCCAGCCGCCACAGGAGGAGCCACACCCCGCGGCGCAAUAGGAGGCGCAGCCACAGCCACUGUAGCAGAAGUACAAGCUCCAGCCGGGACAGGAGCAGGAGCAGCAGUGGGAGGAGCUACAGUAGGGGAAAGAGCCACAAGCACCGUCACCAGCGGCGAUACAGCAAAGGCGACUCCAGGAGCAGCAGCCGUGGCAGGAGUCGCUACACUCGAGAGUACAGGAGGCGCAGCUACAGUCGGGACAGGAGUCACUCCAGAAGAUGAACGCGCGCCUCUUCUCACAUUUCAACCAGUUGCGCUUUUUUUUUUUUUUUUGCUUUUGACUCAAAUGAAGGCAGUGUUUGUUUCAGACGUGAACGAGAAGCGUGUAUGUCGUUCGCACUCACAAGUUACUAAUCCAUUCCGCAUUCACUGACGUAGCAUCAGGACAAGAAAUCAAACCGACUAUGAACAGUAGAAGAAAUUAGCUUAAUUAGCUUUUUGAAUUGCAACGGUUAGUACAGGUUCAAUUCCCAGUUUAAGGUGAUAUUACCAAUUCCCUCCCCCCCCC